UUAAAACUGUCAAAAAAAAAAUAUUGAAAAAAUGGGUUUCUGACCGAUUUUUGAAGAAAAACCUAUUUCUUUCGACAUUUCAUUAAAAUAAAUAUACAAGAAAAAAGACCAAGGAGCUCCGCAACUAUGGCGCUUACAAGGAGUUUGUAUGGAGUGAGUUCACUAGCGAUACACUUUCACCCCGCCGCAAGGUCGGCUGGCCAAUACGCGCGAGCGCGAGUCUCUUCGAUCAAUGCGAGGCCAGCCGUCGGAUUCGCCACAGCUUCCUCGACAACUACUAAAUUGAGGAAAAUGGCAGAUAAAUUAAACUCCCAAGAGCGUGAGACAGAGCUGCAGCCACUUCUGAAGUCUGGCUGGAAGGUCCAGAGCAACCGCGAUGCCAUCGAAAAGGAGUUCCAGUUUAAAGACUUUAACCAGGCAUUUGGCUUCAUGACCCGUGUUGCACUGCUCGCAGAUAAGAUGGACCACCACCCUGAAUGGUUCAAUGUUUACAACAAGAUUCAGGUAACACUAUCUUCUCACGAUGUGAACGGCCUCAGCAAACGAGACAUCAAAAUGGCCACAUUCAUGGAUAAGAUCUUCCAAUAAUUUUGGCACAAUAAACAGACAAUAUUAAUCUUUAUGUGAUAAUAGAUUUAUUUAUUACUAUAAUAAUAAUUGCUUGAAGAAAUUCAGAAAUAUAAGUUGAUUGUUUUUAUGAA